AUGACGACGCAGGAGAGCAACACAAACCAGUCCCACAGCAACACAAACCAGUCCCACAGCAGCACAAACCAGUCACACAGCAACACAAACCAGUCACACAGCAACACAAACCAGUCACACAGCAACACAAACCAGUCACACAGCAACACAAACCAGUCACACAGCAACACAAACCAGUCCCACAGCAGCGUCCAAAACCAGUCACACAGACACAAACCAGUCACACAGACACAAACCAGUCACACAGAUCUGUGCCAGAUGUUUUAA